UACGUUACAAUUUUCGCCAAUGAAAUAAUGAUUUUCAAUAUCUUUAUAGGUCUAUAGCGUAUAACACAGUUGCAUAAUCGAUUUAUAUUUUAAUUUGAAUAAUUUUCCGUUUUGCAUUCCUUAGGAAAUUUGCAAAUUUUUUUUUCUGCAUGUAUGGGAAUUGGGAAUGUUGAAGCUUGAGUAAUUUUUAUUUUCACUCGUCAUUGCUGAGACAAAACAGAUACAUUUUCCUUUCAUCAUUAAGCGUUGAGUUCCAGCUUUCCCCUUCUACUACUACUUCCUAAUUAUUAUAGAUAAAUUAAUGCACUUUGUUAUUAUCGCCCCUCUUUGUCGGUUUCCCGUCAGUAUUGUAGCAGAGUCACAGUAGAGUUGUGGCAGGUAGUGUAUUCUUUGAAUUUCGGGUUUGGGCUAUCUAAAAGAAAAAAACCAAUAAAAAUUAGGACCAUGUAUUUUAUCAAUAGGGUGACCAGAUAUAAAAGGACUCAGGAAAUGCCAAAAAUUGUAUUGUUUUGACCCCAGUUGUCAGUAUUAGCAAGAAGUUUAGAAAAUUACUUCAUAACCUCUAACGAAAAUUUGUGAUAAAAACUAAAAAUGCAACGUUGGUUUUUCCUUGAAGACCCCAGUAAUUCUGGAAUUCGUGCAGGAAAGGGAGAAGCUAGUAUCUCCGACACAUCAUUGAGGUCAAUCCAGUAUCCUCCCAGAAAUUGGCUUUUCCGUGUUAGGGUACACGACCUGAGAAAUGAAGAGAGUGUUUGUGUCAUAGGGGGCCUGCCCGAGCUAGGUUCGUGGCAGGCCGAAAGAUGUAUUCCGCUUACAAAAGAAGACGAUCCAACAAUAUGGUCCGGCGUUAUUGAAAUCCCAGAAAAAAAGAAAAUAGAAUUCAGGUUCUGUAUUUGCGUUGUGAUCGAAGCAGGUAUUCAGGUUAUUGUGCGUAAUUGGGAAACUUUUUUAUCACCUAGAGUAUUGGACACGAUUUCUUCCGCUUCGCCUACAUUAGAAGACGAACCCCUUGAGUACGGAAAUUAUAGUUACCAGGAGAGAAUGGACAAAGGCUGGCUGAACAAAGAAACUGUCAUACAACUCAAAAUGUAUAACAAUUCACUCGGGUUAUUCAGACCAAAGUAUCAAAACAGAAUUAUUAAUAUGAAAGUAACGCCUGUGAGCUUGGCUCAUCACAGUUCAUUUCCAAAAUCCCUCUCGGAGGCUUUAGAGGAAUCGUUAAGUGCAGAUACUCAGGAUUCCGUAGAGCACCCCAAGCACUCUUUUACUGAGGUGGCCAGUUUGAACGAUGAAGACCCUACGUUCCAACCCCAGAGUCAGUUUGGCCAUCAAAUCAGGAAAGAUGACAUGCUUAUUUUCCAGUCGACUGUGCUAUUUCCUGCUAACGUAGCUUUUCUUAUCGAUCUAUAUAUAUACAGCUCUAGGUGCGGCGACGGGGAACCCCCCUACCACGCCGGCUUCAGUUAUCUGCUUCCUACUGUGCUACAGUCUUCGGAGGGUAGUAUAGUUUUGCCUGUUACCAGCACCAAACAUCGGCCUUUAGGGGAAAUUCGUUUAGAUUAUCUAGUCAUUGGGCCUCUGCCUAGUUUCAAAUGUGAUAUGAGUAUUUCCUAUGCCAGACACUGGAAAAAGACCCGCGCAGGGCUGGAUGUAGGUCACAGAGGCUCCGGCUCCAGCUUCAAGGCCAAGGUCCAAAACUGUGCCGAGGUUCGGGAGAAUACUAUUGCUAGUUUGAAGAACGCUAUCGAACACGGGGCUGAUUUUGUAGAGUUUGAUGUACAGCUGAGCAAGGACUUGGUGCCUAUCAUAUAUCAUGAUUUUCAUGUGUGUAUUUCGAUGAAGAAGAAGAAGGAGUUGUGCGAAAUGGAUAUGCUGGAGAUUCCUUUAAAAGAGCUCACCCUAGAUCAGCUGAGACUUCUGAAAGUUUAUCAUUUAACAGAAGGCAAAUCGAAAAACCCCCGAUUCUUCGACGAAGAUCUUGACGAUCACCAGCCGUUCCCGACCUUGCAGCAAUGCUUGGAAACUCUGGACUCCCACACCGGGUUCAACAUCGAAAUAAAAUGGACGAUGCAACUGAAGGACGGUACCUACGAGUUGUACCACCCCACGGACCUCAACUUGUACCUGGACACCAUCCUCGACGUCGUCCUUCGCUACGGAGGCGACAGGAGAAUAAUCUUCUCGUGUUUCAAUCCGGAUAUCUGCCAGGUGAUUAGAUUGAAGCAGAACAAGUAUCCCGUGAUGUUUUUGACGGUCGGCGAGAGUAAAACUUACCAGCAGUACAAGGAUCCGAGAUGUUGGUCCAUCAAUUCGGCCGUGCAGUUCGCUAAGAUGAGCGAGAUUUUGGGGAUCAACGUGCAUACGGAGGAUAUUUUGAGAGACUCCAGUUUGGUGAAACUGGCUACAUCGAACGGCCUAGUGAUCUUCUGUUGGGGCGACGAGAAUGCCGACCCCACCACCAUCAAGUUCCUCAAAGACCUCGGACUCCACGGCGUCAUCUACGACAAGAUCCACGAAUACAACAACAAGGAGGUGAAAGAGAGCAUAUUCUUGGUGGAGGCGCGUGGGUCGCAGAAGGAGCUCCGGCUCCUGGCGGCCGCGACCUCCGAAAACCCCCAGAGUCCCCCGCCUCAACCCGUCAUCAAGGAGCCCAUGCUCGAUUUCGAAUCGGUCAAGGCGCAACUCGGUGAUGGUAUUUCGACAGCGACUUCUCUGGAAAGCUUGGAGAGCUUGCCUUCGUGCUGCGUUAAAAUUAAUCGAGUCUCAGACACACUGCUGUUUGGGUCGGAUCGUUCCUGCACUGAUGAGAGGUAGUACCUCGAAACUGGUCUGUAGGUGACUUACUUGAAUGAUUUCAGCAUAGUCCUGCUGCUGUAUGAACCAGAAACAUCUGCCAGACUAACCUCUGUGAGGUAUGUAUUUUGCAUAAAUGUCUGUCGGAUAUAAUUCAAUAUCCAGUUAUUAGCCAGAGAAGUAGUUGAAUAUUACUUUCCAACACUAAAGCUUUAUUUUAGACACAUCGACACGUUUUUCGAACACCAAGUGAUCAUCUCCGAGUGGAAGACUAAGGGAAGGGAAGUAGUUUUUCAUCAGGCAUUCACAUGGCUUCUCCCAAGCAGCACUAGAACUUCUAGAUAUUACUUCUUAUUGACCGUACGACCAUGUGGAAAGAACUCUUGAUGCUCUACGCUACGGUAAUCGAAGAAAACAGUAAGCAAAAGUCCAAAAAUGGUCAACAUCAUUAAAAAUCGUAAUUCUGUGAUUCUUUUCAAACGAAAUUUGUUUUUUUACCUAGAUUGUAACUCGAUUGAAAAUAAAGAAUUCCGGAGUUUCAUGAGUAACAGUUACUAUUAUUGAAAGAAAACAGGCUUGUGUAAACACUAAAAUUAAGAAUGUAAAUAAAAACAAUUGUAUCCAA